AGCUGUGUGGGCGGGGCACACGCCUCACCUCUUUCGAGUGUUUGGGCCGUUAUGACCGUUGGGCUCCCCCCAGAGCCCACGUGACUGGGUCAGCCUGCGUGACUCGCCGCACGCUUCUCUCUCCUGGAAGCCCAACACAAACAAUUUCCCCAGCAGGCUCUGCGUUUACGCAUGCGCGUGGAGAUUAGGACUUGGGGGCCCGAUGUUGCAGCUGGAACUACAGUUCCCAUGAGACAUCACGCAGCGCCUGCGCGUUGGCUGCUGGCGCUCGGGCCAUUUAAAUGUGUGUGAGGGAGACUGUGAAAUGGCUGCGCAGGUCGCUGCGGUGCGCGCCGUAUCCCGGGGCCCAGAGGACUCACCCCCGUUACCCUCGGGGGACCGACCCGGCCGGCCCCGGGGUGGUGGCAGGAGGCGGCGGGGACUAGCUGGCGAGGCUGUCGGCGGCAAGCGGGCUACGCUGAGCCAGCCGCUCCUGGUAGGGCCCAGCCCGGCGGAGCCAAUGCCCCCGGCCGGCCUGCCCCCGGCCGCAGCCGCGGGGGUCUUCACCUUCUCUCCCCUCAGCCUACCGCAGGGAUCUCCGCAGCAGGAGCGGCACCAUCACCACCGCCAUCGCCCCGCUGGGGACUCCGAGCCCGGCCAGCCUGCCGGGGCCAAGCCGCACAAGGGGAAGCGGGGGAGCCCCGGGGACGGGGCAGUUGGGCGGCCCAGCAAGCGAGAAACUCCAGAUGAAAAUGGCAAAACCCAGCGAGUCGACAGUCUUAUUAUGAAGAAGAUAAAGAAAAAGAAGAAAAAGAAACACCGGGAGGAUAUGAGAGGGAAACGCCUUAAAAUGUACAACAAAGAAGUACAAACAGUUUGUGCUGGACUUACUCGCAUCAACAAAGAGAUUCUGACUCAAGGACAGAGUGAUAACUCGGAAGUGAACAAAGAAUCCUUCAGGUAUCUGAAGGAUGAGCAACUCUGUCGAUUGAAUUUGGGAAUGCAGGAAUAUCGGGUACCCCAGGGAGUUCAGACACCAUUUAUGACUCAUCAAGAACACUCUGUUCGCAGCAGUUUCUUGAAAACUGGCACAAAAUUUAGUAACUUUAUUCAUGAAGAACAUCAGUCUAAUGGUGGUGCUUUGGUCCUUCAUGCCUACAUGGAUGAACUCUCAUUUUUGUCUCCAGUGGAGAUGGAGAGAUUUGCAGAAGAAUUUCUUGCUUUGUCAUUCAGUGAAAAUGAGAAAAAUGCAGCCUACUAUGCUUUAGCCAUAGUACAUGGUGCAGCUGCCUACUUGCCAGACUUCCUGGAUUAUUUUGCUUUUAAUUUCCCUAACACUCCAGUGAAAAUGGAAAUUCUGGGCAAGAAGGACAUAGAAACAACGACUAUUUCAAAUUUUCACACUCAGGUCAAUAGAACGUACUGCUGUGGAACCUACAGAGCAGGUCCGAUGCGGCAGAUAAGUCUUGUUGGAGCAGUAGAUGAAGAAGUUGGUGACUACUUCCCAGAAUUUCUUGAUAUGUUGGAGGAAUCUCCAUUUCUGAGAAUGACUUUGCCCUGGGGCACACUUUCUAGCCUCCAGCUUCAGUGUAGGUCACAAAGUGAUGAUGGCCCCAUAAUGUGGGUGAGACCAGGAGAACAGAUGAUCCCGACAGCAGAUAUGCCAAAAUCACCAUUCAAACGGCGCCGAUCAAUGAACGAAAUAAAAAACCUCCAGUACCUACCUCGGACCAGUGAGCCCCGUGAAGUUCUCUUUGAAGAUCGAACAAGAGCCCAUGCUGAUCAUGUAGGUCAGGGGUUUGACUGGCAGAGUACAGCUGCUGUAGGAGUGCUGAAAGCUGUACAGUUUGGUGAAUGGAGCGUCCAACCUCGAAUAACCAAAGAUGUGGUUUGUUUCCAUGCUGAAGACUUCACUGAUGUGGUACAGAGACUUCAGUUAGACUUGCAUGAACCUCCAGUGUCACAGUGUGUUCAAUGGGUGGAUGAAGCCAAGCUAAACCAAAUGAGACGGGAAGGCAUUCGCUAUGCUAGAAUCCAGCUGUGUGACAAUGACAUCUACUUCAUCCCUAGAAAUGUCAUUCAUCAGUUCAAAACAGUGUCAGCUGUCUGCAGUUUAGCCUGGCAUAUAAGACUCAAACAGUACCAUCCUGUGGGGCAGUCUUCUCAAAAUACAGAAAGCAAUUCAGACAUGAACAGUAAUAUCCCUGAAAAGACAGAGUCAGAAGGUGAACCCCAAUGUGUGAGUGUAAAAACAGAGUCUGAGGAACCAGGUGUAGAAAUGCAGUUUACAACGGGGGCACCAUCCUCCUCCUCCUCAAUUUCAUCAAUAUCGGGACUCAUUCUGCAACCAGAUCAGGUGGCCCAGCCUCUUCCAGUUUUUAAACUAGAAUCUGAUCACCAACAUAAUCCACAGGAUCGCACAGACUCUUCUGUGUGAUAUGUAAAUAGUCAAACAUUUUUUAACAACUUUUUAAAAUUUUGAUGUGAAGUUAUAGUUUUAUAACUUGCUUAUGUUUUAUUGGAGAAAUCUUGCCUAUAAUUCUAUAAAGAAAAGUGACAUUCCAAAAUGUCAAGCAUAUCUUUUUUACACAGAUUAUGCAAAAGAUCAAGUUGUAUUUUACUCCCAUAGUACAGCAUGUAAUAGUGGUCUACCACUUCUUUCUGUUUAAUGAGGUAAUAAUUCAAUAUCUCCUCAUCAAAAUCAGAA